GUAAUUCAUUAUCAGCCUGAAGCUGUGCAUUUGUCUUAUGGAGAAAAAAUAAAUGACCUGGUGGUAACAUGGAGCACGAAAAAUGACACCAAGGAAUCAAUAGUAGAGUACGGGAUCGAUGGUUUCAUAACGCGCUCUAAAGGUACGCGAACACGGUUUGUUGAUGGAGGAAACAAGAAACGCGAGCAGUUUAUUCACAGGGUUUAUUUAAAGGAUUUAAAACCUAGUGCUAAAUACAUUUAUCACUGUGGAAGCGACCUGGGAUGGUCGAACGCCUUCUACGUGAGGAUUCCUCCAGACAGCGAGACCUGGAAGCCCCAGAUAGUGAUUUUCGGUGACAUGGGUAACGAGAAUGCUCAAAGUUUAGCGCGGUUGCAAGAAGAUACUCAGAAAGGAUUGUAUGACGCUGCGAUUCAUGUCGGAGAUUUCGCGUAUGAUAUGAACACUGACGACGCAAGAGUUGGAGAUGAAUUUAUGAGGCAAAUUGAAAGUGUUGCUGCUUACUUACCUUAUAUGACUGUUCCUGGUAAUCAUGAAGAAAAAUAUAAUUUUAGUAAUUACAGAGCAAGAUUUUCCAUGCCAGGCAAUUCAGAAGGUUUAUGGUACAGUUUUAAUAUGGGCCCGGUACAUUUUAUCGCGAUUGAAACAGAAGCGUAUUAUUUUAUGAACUACGGGAUCAAGCAACUAGUCAAACAAUAUGAAUGGCUUGACCAAGAUCUAAAAGAAGCUAACAAACCCGAAAACAGAGCAAAAAGACCCUGGAUCGUAACAUUCGGUCACCGGCCAAUGUACUGCAGUAAUAAAAACGCGGACGACUGUACGAAUCACGAGUCACUAGUCCGAGUGGGUUUACCGUUUCUAGAUUGGUUUGGUCUAGAAAAAUUGUUCUAUCAACACAAAGUAGAUCUAGAAAUUUGGGCUCAUGAACACAGCUACGAGCGCAUGUGGCCGAUGUACAACUUCAAGGUGUAUAAUGGUAGUUACCAACAACCUUACAAAAAUUACAAAGCACCAGUGCACAUCGUAACAGGAUCAGCUGGUUGUAAAGAAGGCAGGGAAAAAUUCGUACCUAAGCGGCCAUAUUGGUCAGCAUUUCGAAGUUCUGAUUACGGAUACACCCGAAUGAAAGUAUUCAAUAAAACUCACAUGUACAUAGAGCAGAUUUCUGAUGAUAAAAAUGGCGCUUUCAUCGACACUUUGUGGUUAAUUAAAGACAAACCUUUACCGAAUUAUCCAGACUUGACAGAUUAA